GGUUGCACAUGUGGCAGAUUCUUGGUCGACGAAAGCAAUUUAAUUUAUUGACACCGCUAUCCUGGAUUAUAUGGUUUAUCGCGAUGUGAGAAGUGCGGGUGGAAGAGCAAAUUUAUGUUAUUUACAACAACAGGAUAUCUAGCAGUUUAUCGAUAUCAGAAAAGGGUGUGAUAUUCCACGCGCUUGUGGUGAAAAAGAUUUGAUAAGAUAAUAUAGAAAAAUAUAUAAGGGAGAUCGUUAUACGCUCACGUACGUGCAUGGAGAUGAUUUUGUAAAAUAAGGAAAGCGUUUUAUAAAAUUUGUGAUGAUUACCGAAGUUACAUAUUUGAUGUUAAUUUUCAAGUGUUGCUGAAAAGGUGAAUAAUUUUGGCCAAAUAUCAAGUGCAGUGCUCUAAAAAGUGAGUCUAGUGUAGAAAAUCAAAUUCGGAUGUUGAAGUUCUCUUUAUUGUGGAUUUUUGGAUAAUACAGUUUGAUACCGGUGCACCUAAAUAAAUUUGCGGAAAACGAACUUGAAUGUUAUGUAACUUCAUGUCAACGAUGAUGGCGAUAGAUCUGCCCAGGAUAGCGUCAUUAUAAUUCAUGAGAUGCAGGAGAAGAGAAAAAACUGUCGAUAUUGAUGUGAUAGGAGGAUUAUACAUAAUUUUGAAUUCCUCUGUAAUCUGCUUCCUUGUACUCGGUAUGUUUUGAUGCGCUAUAGCUUCAGCUUGUUGGCAAUUCCGGAAACUGGAGAAGAAGCGCCUGUAGUCAGUGACAGUUCGGAAGCUCGUCAAGUGGAAGAGAAGAAAUUUAAGCACGUUCUGACAUCGUGUGUUUGUCGUUGCUCGCUUCUAGUGAUUGUUCCUGUACUGUUGAGCGAUAAAAAGGAAUUUUCCGCGUCGUUUGGUGUUGUUCCUAAAACGUUGUGCGUGUGUUACAUCGUCGACAUUGCAAAUCGCAAAUCUUUCAUCAGCCUGUGAUGCUCAAUACCGCGUGAAGAAGUCUGCGGCAUGAUCAAAAUUUCAUAGACGUAAGCGAAAAUAAAUUUAUCAUACUGCAACAGGAGAAGAGUGAGACCCCAGCUCCGGUGAACAAAAUAUGUGGAGUCGACGUGAGGCAUGCUAAAAAUGUCGUAAAUUCAAUUUUUUGUCAAUUUGAUUUUUUGCCGAAGCCGUUAGCGCUUCCAUUACGUGUGAUUCGCGCCAUCAUCGCAUCGCUCUCUAAAAAUCAGCAUUUUCCACAGAAACAAAACCAAACCAGAAUGGAACGAACAGAACAGGAGCAUGAGCCAAUGGAAUUUGUAUUCCAUCGGUAGAGCGACCGCGCGUGUUGUAAAGACGAUGGCGACCACAGUCACGUAAUAUUGAAAAUUAUGGCCGAGAAGGAAGCGAUCCGCUAUCAGUAUGACUCGUACACUCCUCUCAUGAAACAAUCAAAUAAUGGAAUGAGUACUCUACAGCGGAGUGAGAUGAGUACCGCUCUUAAAAAUGGAACACAAACGUCAACAACAAUUGCGAUUAGCAGUAAAAAACCGUCCAAAUCUGGAUGCUGUUCAUGUCGGGGGAAAAAGUCGUCGACUUUUUGGGCGGCUUUGUUGACAAAUCUAGGCAUUUGUACGCUGUUGUUUGGAUACACUUUGCUGGGAUCAUUUAUCUUCCUUGCAAUCGAGGGAGGUGCUUCACAGAUGCAACAGCGAAUGCUUGCUUCAACGAAUCGUCAGCUCAAACCAUUAUCAACACGUAGCGAUAGCAAUCUUACCCUUUCCCAGCAACUGCUGCACGAAUCCAUAGAAGCCAGACAAAGAACGGUGGAAAACAUUUGGGAUAUCACUGUGUCGCUGAACAUUCUCUAUCGGGAAAACUGGACCAGACUUGCAUCGCUGGAAAUAGCUCGUUUUCAAGAGCAAUUAAUCAAACGGUUAACAGAAGAGAUGGCAUCCCAAUUGGACAACAUGUCACCAGCAGCUAGUGCCGUCAUGGUGCCACAACCUUUCCUACAUGACUACGAGUGGACCUUCUCUAGGAGUUUCUUCUAUUCGCUGACGAUUCUAAGCACCAUUGGCUACGGAAAUAUAGCACCUCGUACCACGUUGGGUAGGAUUGUAACACUCGCUUACGCCCUACUGGGGAUUCCAUUAACUCUAGUUUAUUUAUCGAGCACGGGUGGAAUGCUGGCGAAAGUAGCCCGCGGUGUUUUUUCCAGAGUAUUCUGUUGCUGUUUAUGUUCCAACUGUGGCUACUGCUGUUACGAUGAAAAACGUAUGGCGGAAAAGGAACGCCGGAUGAAGCGCAAACGACAACAGAUGGAGCUGCGAGCCCAGCAUAUUGCCCUGCAGGAGCCUUAUUACGUACGUUCCGGUUCCUUGCACAAUAACCUCCAUUCGCCAGAAAAGCAGGUACCAAUGAUAAGCGACAUUGAUUCCAUAAACGGCACCGAUAGCGAAUCACGUACUUCCAUGCAUGGACUCAGUAUAUUAGCGCCCAUUUUACUGUGCAUUGCCAUGAUGUCCAUUUACAUAGCUUUCGGGGCAUUUGCACUCUACAAACUCGAGGACUGGCCUAUCAUCGAUGGAGUAUAUUUUUGCUUCAUGUGUCUCUCAACGAUUGGUUUUGGGGACAUGGUACCUGGCCUACGGAAAGAGUCCACUAUGACCACGUGGUUCUGUUCGAUCUACAUCAUGUCCGGAAUGGCACUAACCGCUAUGUGUUUCAACGUGUUGCAUGAAGAAAUCAUGCAUAGGCUCAAACACGUCGUAGAAAUCCAGAAGAAGCUGAAAUUAAGUGACGAACACAAAGACUUUCUAGCCUCCUGACGCUACGAGAAGAAUACAAAUCUGUAUCAAAGAAAUCCCACCGAGGAAACAUUAAUCACAGGUACGCCAACAUCAUUAAUCUUUGCCCAGGAGCCCGAUCUGAAUCAAUUACACGUACUAAAAGAUUGCAAUAAUCACUCGUUAGGACACGAACUGGUUCCAAUUAUCACCAUGAAUAAUCAAUUGGUGCUGCCUGAAGUCCUUGAAAACGUUGCAGACCUAUCUCUGAUGACUGAACAAUGUCAUCCGGCUCCAAUCGUUGCAAAUCAAACUAUACAAGCCAACUUAAAUACCGGAGUGUACACACUACCAGAAGAACCAGAGCUGGAAUCUGAUGAGAAUUUGGCUAUUUAAAAUAAAUCGCAAUCAAUUUGUGACAUCGAUUUUCACAGCUUCGAUAACAAAAACGAAAAAAAAAAACGAUAGACAAAUUUCUUCUUCGCAGUAUUUUCAGUUUUCAGACGUGAUAAAAAUAAAUGGUGCAAUACUCUAUCGUAAUGAAUGAAAAUCGCCAUC